AUGUCUCAAUCUCUCCGACCAUACCUCUCGUGUGUGCGAUCGACGCUCACGGCCGCUCUAUCUCUCUCCAACUUCGCCUCGCAGGCCUCAGAAAGACACAACGUCCCAGAGAUCGAGGCUGCAUCUUCCCCAGAAGUCCUGCUCAACCCUCUCACCGUAUCACGAAAUCAAGAAGAGCGAGUGCUGGUGGAGCCUUCAAUCAACAGCGUGCGGGUCAGCAUUCGGAUAAAACAGGCAGAUGAGAUUGAGCAUAUUCUUGUGCACAAGUUCACGCGGUUCUUGACACAACGAGCGGAGGCGUUCUUCAUACUGCGGCGGAAGGCGAUGCCGGGCUACGAUAUCUCAUUUCUGAUCACGAACUACCACACGGAGGAGAUGCUGAAGCACAAGCUCGUGGACUUUAUCAUACAGUUCAUGGAGGAGGUGGACAAGGAGAUAUCGGAGAUGAAGCUUUUCCUGAACGCGAGGGCACGAUUUGUUGCAGAAAGCUUCUUGACACCCUUCGACUAA